AUGUCACAAGGCGGAGAGUCAGGCGAAGUGUGCUACGGCCGGCUGAAGUUGCCCGGCAAGCGGGAGAUGCCUGUGGCGGUCAAGGCUCUGAAGGCCGGCUACACCGAGAAGCAGAGGCGGGACUUCCUGAGUGAAGCCAGCAUCAUGGCGCAGUUCGACCACCCCAACGUCAUCCACCUGGAAGGGGUCGUCACCAAAAGCAAAUUAGUCAUGAUUGUGACCGAGUACAUGGAGAACGGCUCGCUGGAUUCCUUUCUCCGGAAACACGAUGGGCAGUUCACCGUCCUCCAACUAGUGGUCAUGCUGCGGGGCAUCGGUGCCGGCAUGCGGUAUCUCGCCGAACUUGGCUAUGUGCACCGCGACCUGGCCGCUCGCAACAUCCUGGUCAAUGGCAACUUGGUCUGCAAGGUCUCCGACUUUGGACUCUCCCGGAUCCUGGAGAAUAAUCCCGAGGCAGCUUAUACCACCACGGGUGGGAAGAUCCCAGUUCGGUGGACGGCGCCUGAAGCCAUCACAUAUCGGAAGUUCUCCUCGGCCAGCGACGUGUGGAGCUACGGCAUUGUCAUGUGGGAAGUGCUAGCGUAUGGAGAGCGGCCAUAUUGGAACAUGACGAACCGGGAUGUCAUCCAGUCUGUGGAGGAAGGCUAUCGGCUUCCGGCCCCCAUGGGCUGCCCCACCGCUCUCCAUCAGCUCAUGCUGGACUGCUGGCAGAAGGACCGCAAUGAGAGGCCGCGCUUCUCCCAGAUCAUCGGCAUCCUGGACAAGCUCAUCCGCAGCCCACAGAACCUGAAGUGUACGGCUACCGUCAGCCGAUUCACCCAAACCCUUUCGGAGAGAGGCUGCAUCGAAUUCACCAGCUGCUCUACUGUCGAAGAUUGGUUGGACUCCAUUCGGCUGGGCCGAUAUCGAGACAACUUUGCCCUGGCUGGCUACUCAUCCCUCGGCAUGGUGAUGCGGAUGAAUAUUGAAGAUGUCCAGGGCCUGGGGAUCAGCCUGGUGGGACACCAGAGGAAAAUCUUGACCAGCAUCCAGAUCAUGCGGUCUCAGCUGCUCAACACCAUGGGCUCCCAAAGACACCUCUGAUGGCCCUUCCUCCUCAUCCCUGGAUGUUUCCAUGCUCCUUCCCUCGGUUUCACGCAAGCGAACACUAAUGGGGAGGAAUUCCGUCCCCAAAAUAAUAAGUGGCCGCAUGGCGGUAGCAAUAGGAUCUUGCUACACAGUGUGAGGCCCUGCUAAUCCUCACCGUCAAACUUAAGGUGACCACUGACUUCAAAGGCAUGGAGCAUAAAUCAAUAUGGACGUCGCUUGAAGAAUUGAGCAGACAGCAACCCGCUUCUACCAUGCCGUGGUGCUUCUAAUUCUUUGGCAUGACUCGGGACAAAGAUGUGUAGACACAGGGUAUAUAUAAGCAUUGAAAAGGCCUUCUCCUGCCAUCCCAGUGCAAUAAAUGUUGAGGGAGCUGAGGAGGAACAUCUCACACAACAAAGGGAUGGCGGGUGGUUGGACUGGGUGGCCUUUGUAGACUCUACAAUUCUCUACUUCGGUACCUUAAAACUGGCAGGAUUCUUUGAGACGUUGGCCAACACUCAACACUUGAAGCUCGUUUGCUGUGACUCCAAGACUUUAGAGUCACAAAUUCAGGUCUCCUUCGAGCUUUCCACAUCUGGCUGGGUUGGCAACCAAUCCUUCUUCCAGCUCUACGGAAAGUUGGACUGUUGUUUCCCCGUUGCUGCUAAAUAGAAGGAUCUUCACCUACGUAAACACUCUCCUCUGUGCCAAAUGCUGGUCCUUCUCAUCCCAAGGGCACACCACUAUAAUCCC